AUGCAUCCAGACUCCAGCACUGAGUUCGACUCAUCGUCCAGCUGUAGCACAGCAUCGCCUGGUGGGGACACCCCUGGGUGCAGCCAGCAUCCUCCUGACUCGCUUUCAUCAUCAAUGGACAGCGCCAAGGUACAAGCGGAUCUGACCAUCCAACAGGACAGUGAGACCAGUGCAGCAGACUCCUUUGUUCCGACCGUGACUGCAAUCUCAACCUCGCCGGAUCUAAGGUGGAUGGUGCAGCCGACGGUCAUCUCAUCUGUCUCGCCUUCGUCCGGCCGUGCCAAGACCAAGAGUCACGGCGCGACCCGGCCACCUUCCCCGGCAGGUGCAAACAAGGCGAAGCCCUCCAGCAGGAAAGGGCAGAGAGAGCAGCCUUCGAAGGAGGAGGAGGAGAGGAGGAGGAUCAGGCGAGAGAGGAACAAAAUUGCUGCAGCAAAGUGUCGUAACAGACGGAGGGAGCUGAUAGACACGCUACAAAAUGAAGCUGACAAGCUCGAGGAGGAGAAGUCGGCCCUCCAGACAGAGAUCGCCGACCUGCUGAAGGAGAAGGGGCGACUGGAGCAGGUCUUAGCCUCCCACAAACCAUCCUGCAAACUCCCUGCGAAUGACGGCGAGGAAGAGGACAGCGAAGACGAUGUUACCACAAUGCUGCAGGAUCCCCCGGUCUCCCCGCAGCUGCUGUCAAUCUUAGAGAAUGGAAAAACACCAGAGAGCAACACGCCAAUUGGAGAAGCCCCUAUUGGUCAAGAAAUGGAUGAUGUCCCUUGCAUUCCUGCUGCAGCCAUUUUGGGGAACUCCAACAUCCUCCUGUGUUCAAGUGCAGAAGAGGAGGCUCUGGAGGACUUAAAAGGAGAUGACCUGGAUGACUUGGUGCCCAGCCUGGAAAUGGCAGUGACUUCUGAGACGGCUGCGUCCGUCCCUGACAUAGACCUGAGCGGCCCCCUCUGCCUCUCAGACUGGGAAACCCUGUAUAAGUCUGUGGCGAAUGACCUUGAAUCUUUGAGCACACCAGUCAUGUCUUCCAGUCCCACUUGUAGCAAUUACCGCACAGUGUUUUCCUUUAAUUACUCUGAGAUUGAUUCCUUCGCUGAGGGCUGUGAGAGCCUCAAAGGCAGCCUGGGUCCGUCUGAGUUAAUGAAAGAUAGUCUUAACUCUCCAACACUCCUGGCCUUGUGAAUGCAAACAAGUUAUGCAACGAUACUCUAAUUGUAUUCUAACCAGCCAGCAAGCUAUGAUCUUUCUCAAAUAAUCUUUUGUAGUGUGAGUUUUGAUGUUGUGUAAACCUAAACAUCAAGGGUUGUGUAGUCGACAUGUUUUCUGUGACUGUAACAGGGUCGAUUUCUUCCAUACUGCUGGUGCAAUUCUCCGAGAUGAGACUUUGUGCUGGUGUCAAACGUGCAUGCAAAUACAAGUCAUCCGUAAUCCAAGAAUAUGGUGGUAUCUUGUGUUUUUAGAAUCCCUAAAUGUAAUGUGAAGUUAGAUCAUGCUCAAUAGCCCGCUGUGUGUAAUACUGUUGACAAAGUUGUGUUGUAACAAGUGAAAAAAAGACGUGUUACUAAUGUGUAGCAUAAAGUGUAACAUCU